AAACUGCUUGUUUUUAUAUUGCAAAUUCAGAGCCUGAAAGCUGCAAGAAUCUCUAGUGACUGGAAAACUACUAAACUCUUGAUGUUUCAAGAUCUAAGAGACUGGAAAAUGAACAACUGAAAGAAGGGGCUUUUUUUAGCAAGACUCUUCAGAACUUCUGAAACAUCUGUUUAAGGUCCAGCAAGACUAUGAAUCUCUGUUCCAAAUGCUUUGCUGAAAAAAGAAAUCCACACAACGAAAAAGAUUUCCAGAAGAAGCAGCCAGAGGACGACUCUACCCCCAGCACAAGCAGCAGCCAGACAGACUUGUUCUCUGGAGAAACGAACAGUGACAACAGCAAUACCUCUCUAGCCGCGCAGGCCGCCAACCCCAGCCAGCAGCUUUUGACAGAACUGAAUGUAACUUCACCCAGCAAAGAGGAAUGUGGGCCAUGCACAGGUACCGCUCAUGCCUCCUUAACCACACCAACCAAAAGAUCUUGCGACUCAGAUUCACAGUCGGAGAGUGAGGCUUCUCCUGUGAAACGGCCACGGCUACUGGAUGACAGUAAUGACAGGCCUGAGGAAACCAGUCGAUCCAAACAGAAGAGUAGACGCCGGUGCUUCCAGUGCCAAACAAAACUGGAGCUAGUACAGCAGGAACUGGGAUCGUGUCGCUGUGGUUACGUGUUCUGUAUGUUACACCGCCUGCCCGAACAGCACGACUGCACAUUCGACCACAUGGGACGUGGGCGCGAGGAAGCCAUUAUGAAAAUGGUGAAACUGGAUCGGAAAGUAGGGCGAUCUUGCCAGCGCAUUGGCGAAGGAUGUUCCUGAGUGCGAGCCUCUGCAACCAAAUGCUGUUCUCUUAGUUCACUAAUGUUAGCCUUAUUUAGGACAAAGUCAGCCAGACACCUUGUACUAGGCAAGUUUCAGACUACAGCCAAUCAGUUACCUUUCCUUAGCCAACCAUCCUGGUACUGUAGUUUAGGGAUUGAGGGUGGUUGAAAUUGAUUUCUGGCUGGUUACUAAGGUGCCUGCUAGCCACUGUAUGAAAUUAAACCAUGACGAAAUACUAUUUUUGAGCAUGGCUAGUGGAUUUAAACAAAACGAGACAAAUCCAAAGGCUUCUGUUAUCGUUGGAGUCACUCUAAAAGCCUUACGCUGGAAACAUUCCAGCAGCAGAGUUAAAACCAAUAGUUGUGUAGAAGCUGGUGUCCAAGUUUGCUAUGCACAUGGCUUUCAGACAAACUGUUCAAUGUGCAGCCUUUCACCUCUUCGCCUCGAGUUAAUCCCGAGGAGGUGAAACACCACGAAGAGCGGCGCCCGCAGCUGCUCGCGUCCACAAGACCUGACUGGUCACUCGUGCCUUCAUCGCGUGUGGCUUUUGAGGUUUGGCAGUGUCACCAGCAUCAGGGAUUCUGUUGGGGUAGGAACAUCUUUCUGGUUCUUCCCAGGAAGCCAAAAAGAAAAGGGGGACAGAGAUUCUUAUGAAAAAUUUUUAUAUCUAUCUUGCUAUAAAGAACCCACCUGGGUUUUUUUUUUUCUCAGUUAAAUUAUGAUCUCACUUAACGCCAACUUCAUCCCAGAGCAGUUAGUGGUGCGGACUUUUUAUACGGCAUCCAUAGAGUUCCUCUGAGUUGGGUUGAACAGAUUGCACGUACUUGGCAUCCACUGACCAGUGCAGCCAUGCCCACCGGCCACAACCUGAUUGGCUCUUGUUUGCCUUUUGCUAAGUGCAGGUAUCUGAUAAUUGAUCAAAUAAGGCUAAUUCACAGCACAGUAGCCAUGGCUGGAUUCUACAGACUGACUUUCUGUAGCUAGACUUAUAUAUUGGGGGGGGAAAAAAAAGGACAUUUUGUAGCAAACGGAAUUCAGUAACAGUAUUGGGGAACAACCGUGAAAACGCCCUUCACCAGAUUGAGUUUUCCUCACUUCCAGAGUGUCCGUGCGCUAAAGGAAGGGGCUCUGCCAGCCCUGCUUCUCUGCAGCUGAGCACUCUCAYGAAAACCUCUGCCCGCAGCUAUUGCAAAGCAAGUACAGCAAGUGAAUGUGAAAAGCAUUACAUGGAGUAGAAUGUUUUGGAGCUGUUUAGACCUUUGGUUCUGUAUUACGGUAUGUUACACUGAGCUGAGCUGAACUGAAUUGCACUGAUCCCAGCAGUUUAUAAACAAACAAGCAAAAAUCGUAAUUAGCAUGUUUCCUGCUGCACACAGGGUUAUGCAGGUCCAGAAGGCGUAUACUGAAACGGCCCAGCACAGUCCGGGGGGAAUUUAGCUUCUCAGCCCAUUAGUGAGGUAUCUAAAACCAGGAAAACUAGUAGGAAAGCAGAGAGAGGGCAAGACUUAUGCUCAUCGUCAGAGGCUGGGCAGAUGUAAAACCUGAGCGGGGUGCAGUACGGUGUCACUUGAGCAAGCCCUGCUGCCGGGGAGUAAGCUUGUGUGAGUCAUCCUCCAUUCUAUUUGUUACAGGUAAAUAAUUCCUUAUAGUCCAAACUAUAUUGUUACUUUGGUAGCCAGCUAGAAGCAUUUAACAAGGAGACAACUAAUUUAAAAAUAUAUAUCUAUAUACACACACAUAUAUACAUACACAAACACACACUCAGCAUCUGACUGUAUUAGCACAAAUUAACCAUGAAGAAAAGCAGAAGUGUCCCAUCAUUAUAAAAUGCAAGCUCUGUAAAAGGCAAGCUGUUUUGUUUUUUUAUUAUUAUUAUUGUUAUUAUUCAAGACUAUGAAGUCAGCAGCAAAGUCUUCUGCAACGUACUGCAUUUUCAGGAAAUGGUCCUGGUGAGAGGAGCUGUCCAAGGAUAUUAUUUACCUUUGCUAUGAAACAUUUUUAAAAAUAUGGAUUUCAACUGCUGCUGUGAUACGCACUUUUUUUUUCCUCACACAUCCUAUCAUAGCAUUUGAUGGGCAUUCUGAUUGAUGCACAAGACUCUUCUGCAUUAAUACUGAAGAUGCUAUUUUGUUCCUCCUUCAUAUUCCCUUUAAUCUGGUUACAAGUGCACAGAUGGUUUCAAGGCGGCUCUUGAGAGAACACUACUUAAAGUUCAUGUGAAUUAUGGACAAUGUUCACUUUAAACAAAAACCAAGUUGGGGAGGGGGUUGUUCCUUUGCAGUAUCUGUUCUGUGAAGUUUGUUAAACGUAAAGAAAGCUUAAGUUCUUGUAUCUUUAAAGGAAAAUCUUAUUUAACCCUUUUGUGUUCUAGAUUUACUUACACAUGUAGCGUAGAGCUCAGUUUUAGUUUAACAUUGUGAAAAAUAUUAAAAGAAUCUUGUAACUUUAUUCUUUUUCCUCCUGCUAAAAAAGAAAUUAAACCGAUCAGAUUAAAGUUUGAAUUCCUUUCUGCCUAUUCCAAAAGGUUUUGCUAUUUUGCACCAUUUCUGCUGCAAGUUCAUAUAAGAAAUACGAAUGCUCAGUAACUUCAAGCUGAAUUUGCAAUGGUGAAAGGGGAAAGUAUUCUCUCUGACUUAGGACGGGGAAAAUAAUAUAUAUAUAUAUAUAUAUAUAUCUGCUGUGUUUCAGUUUACUGAUCUUUUGUCUAGGCAAAUCUAGCUAAUCUGCUGUAGUCUUAAUACUGAUAAACUUAAUUUUGAGGUCAGAUACAGUAAUCAAAUGAACAAACUGUUCUUGCUCUUAAACAGGCAUAUUGGGGAUCUUAUCAUUUGCAUGAAAGUAAGUUUUCGAGUGUCCUAACUAUUCUUUCAUGCUUUUAAACAAUUUCUCUCUUGCAAAAUAAACAAUUUCUCUAUUCCAAAUCAUAAUGGGCCGUACUUGUAAUGGAUAAUUAAGAGAAUUAAUUAAAAACAAUAGACUUAUUUAAAUGGGACAAGAAUAUGAACGCAAUUCUCUAYGUCAAUUCUGAAAAUUCAGUUUGGAAUUGGAAUCGAAUCCAAUUCAUGGGACACACGCCCCCAUUUUCCCCUUCAAAUGAAUAUGGUACUCUCAGUCAUUAAGACUGCGUGUGAUUCCUGACCGACGUGGCUGGGUUACAGCAAAGGUAAGUCGCGUCAAACAACUCUACCUUUUUAUCCAGUUUCAAACGUGCCCUCCACGACUUCUGAGAAAAAUAAGAAUUGCCUAAAUUGUACUUGUUUCCAAGCUGUUUAGGGUGUUGAAUGAGAAGGGUUGUAUCUGUGAAUCGAGGUGUUCGAGAGCAUCAGCUGCUCCUCAGGCAGAACCCUGGGGCRAUUGUAACACCCCAGAAGGAACAUGAACUGCUUUUAGCUACUCCAGGGAAGGUGUUAAGCAGGUUCAAAACUUGGAACUUCCUUUUUUUUUAUAUAAAUUGUAAUGCCUUGGCCUGUUUAUAUUUAACUUUGUUCCCAUUCUGUCGUUGAGUUCCUGCUGCAAAUCACUGCAGUUCCUUCCGUKACUGUGCUAUAAUUUAUGUAUAAAUGAUUAUUCCAGUACAGAAACUCCCUAAGGAAGAAAACUGGUGUCUAAAAAAUGCCUUUUUUUUUUUUUUAAUAAUGGAUUCUAAGAAAUGCAUCAAUGGAAUAAUUGACAAGAUCAGUGCUCACACUGAUGGAUAUGCAGUUAAGUGCUGACAAAAGUGAGUUAACCUUCUCUUGUCCUAGUAUAGAUACUGAAAUUGUCAGAAAGCAGACCAGCAGACAGAGGGUCUGCCUGAGCUAUUUCCUUAACAAGAUUGUAGACAGAGGGUGCAUACGGCUUUGCAUGUGCCUUGGCAAUUUUACACUAGAAAACAAACUAUUUAAGAAAAUAUACUUAACUUUUUUUCUACUGGUACCAGAUAUUUGUUUUGUGUCUCAAAUACACAAUUUUGAUUCUGCUUACAAAAUAAAAAUGAUGUAACAAAAGAAUAAGUUGGGUUCAACCCAAAAGCUGGGGGCGGCAGGAGCUGCUGUUUAAGAACACAGUUCUAGCUAAGCCAGUUGUUAAGCUUGUGCUUAGCAGACUGUGUGUCUCUAUGCACCUGAUGUUGAAARAACCACUCUGGAAUAACAGUGUGCAAGACUAAAAUGAUUAUGACUAUUCUUAGUGUGGGUUUUGUGUAGUGAGCUUGUGCAACAGUGGGCUUUAAAUUAGCAUCUCAUGGACUAGCUGCUUUUCCAGGAAAGCAAAMCUUAACUUAAUGCUCCUGGGGGGAAAAAAUGCUUUUAAAUACCAGUUCUCUUUUUCCCUAUAUGCAACCUGAAGAUCUCGUCAACUUGAUGCAUGGACCACUGGUAAGACCAUGUGUCUAUGUCUAGCCUGUAUGAAAGAAAAGCCUUGAAUGAGCAAUUUUAGAAAGACACAUACACCACUUGCAAGGAUAUAUUUUCUUCUGUAGCCUAUAUUAUUCUUUCCUUCUUUCUUUUGAGAUGGUCAUCAAGUGCAGCUGGGUGUCUGAGAAUAGUUUUGCUGUUUGUUGUUCUUUACUCAGUACUCAUCACAGAAAAUAAUAACAACUUUCCUCCCACUGCAAGCCCCUGCACAGUAGUUUCAACAAGGUGAAAUAUAGAUGUUGGUCUGUAAAAGUGAUUYCUCCUUGUGUAUUUUUCUACAGUGAUGGGCUAUUUUUUCAAGUAACUAAAAUUUAAUGGCGACAUGAUUUAUUUGCUCUGGAUGUUGGGCUGUGGGUUUUUAAGACUUCUUUAAGGUGGCUCACAUACACCUUCCCAUAAACC